GCGGCUCUUAAAACACACGCACACGUGAACUGAAUAUAAAUAAAUUUUAUUCAUUUUGUCUGUAAAACCAUGCUUCAGAAAUCUGGAUUCGGUUGUACUACAGAAGAGUGAAGAUUCGCUGCAAUUUAUUGGAAGGGCAAAAGGGUUUGUUCCUCUGAAGUCAGAUUUUGAUAAAGAUUCCAUUUUUGUGAACUGGGUUUUUGUUGGGGAUCAUGUUUUCUUUCCAGAAAUGGAAGUGCUCAUGGUCCUUAGUUGCUUCUAUUGCUUCAAUUAUGGCUAUAGUAUCUGUUAUUCAUCUGUUUGUAUACCCGGUGGUGCCGCCUUUGGAUUAUUUUGGACUCAGGCAGGCACAAAGCUCUUGCCUAGGUUCAAAUGAAGGAACCAAAGAAAGUUCUAAAGAAGACCCUCGGCCGAUGGUUGACUUAAAUGUUCGAUAUCCGGCUGAUUUACACGAUACUGUGACUUUCAAUGGUGCUCCAUGGAAGGCUGAGAUCGGGCGGUGGUUAUCUGGCUGUGACGCAAAUAUCACGGCUGUUGAAAUUGUUGAGAAUAUUGGAGGCAAGAGCUGCAAAAAUGAAUGCAGUGGCCAAGGCAUUUGUAAUCAUGAGUUGGGUCGAUGCCGAUGUUUUCAUGGAUUCGGUGGGGACGAAUGUUCGGAAAAACUGCAGUUGAACUGCAAUUAUCCCAGUUCUGAAAAAGAACCGUAUGGCCCCUGGGUCGUUUCCAUUUGUUCUGCUCACUGUGAUACGUCCCGAGCCAUGUGCUUUUGCGGAGAAGGUACAAAAUACCCAAAUCGCCCUGUUGCCGAGGCAUGUGGAUUUAAGAUAAAUCCACCUUCUGAACCCGGGGCCCCAAGUAUUACUGAUUGGACGGUGGCCGAUCAGACUAUCUUCACCACAAAUCGUAGUGAACGAGGUUGGUGCAAUGUGGAUCCAGCUGAAGCCUAUGAUUUGAAGGUUGCUUUCAAGGAAGAGUGUGAUUGCAAGUAUGACGGGCUUUCGGGCCGGUUUUGUGAGGUAAAUGUGCAAAGCGUUUGCAUCAACCAGUGCUCUAGCCAUGGAUUUUGUCGUGGUGGCUUUUGUCAGUGUGAAAACGGAUGGUACGGAGUAGAUUGCAGUAUUCCUUCUGUUUUAUCAUCCAUUACAGAAUGGCCCGAAUGGUUGCGGCCUGCAAAUAUUAAUGUUCCAGAAAGCGCGCAACUCACGAGAAAAAAUCUGGUCAAUCUCAAUGCUGUAGUUCAGAAAAAAAGGCCUCUUAUAUAUGUUUAUGAUUUGCCCCCUGAUUUCAAUAGCCAACUCAUGGAGGGACGACAUUUCAAGUUAGAGUGUGUAAAUAGAAUAUAUGACGACCGAAAUGCUACAAUGUGGACUGAUUUACUAUAUGGUGCCCAGAUGGCUAUCUAUGAAAGUUUAUUGGCGAGCCCUCACAGGACAUUAAAUGGUGAUGAAGCAGAUUAUUUUUUUGUCCCGGUACUCGAUUCGUGUAUCAUAACUCGAGCUGAUGAUGCUCCUCACUUCAACAUGAAGGAUCAUUAUGGAAUGCGAAGUUCCUUAACGUUGGACCUAUAUAAGAAGGCCUACGAGCACAUCAUGAUGCAAUAUCCUUACUGGAACAGAACCUCAGGGAAAGAUCACAUAUGGUUCUUUUCUUGGGAUGAAGGUGCUUGCUAUGCUCCUAAGGAAAUAUGGAACAGCAUGAUGUUAGUCCACUGGGGAAAUACGAAUUCCAAGCACAAUCACUCGACCACUGCUUAUUGGGGUGAUAAUUGGGACGGUAUUUCUCCCGAUAGAAGAGGUAAUCAUCCGUGUUUCGACCCGCAGAAAGAUCUCGUGCUCCCCGCUUGGAAACAUCCCAAUGAACAGUCUCUGGGUGCCAGGCUAUGGGCAAGGACCCAUGAGGAGAGGAGGAUAUUUUUCUAUUUUAACGGAAAUUUAGGACCAGCUUAUGAAAACGGAAGGCCUGAAGAUACAUAUAGCAUGGGUAUAAGGCAGAAAGUGGCUGAGGAGUUCGGGUCAAGCCCGAACAAGAAAGGGAAGCUUGGGAAACAACAUGCAAAUGAUGUAAUAGUGACAUCAUUACGUACGGAUAAUUACCAAGAACAAUUGGCAAGCUCGGUUUUUUGUGGGGUCAUGCCAGGAGAUGGGUGGAGUGGUCGAAUGGAAGAUAGUAUACUGCAAGGCUGUAUUCCUGUGGUUAUUCAGGAUGGGAUUUAUCUACCGUACGAGAAUAUCCUCAACUACGAAAGCUUUGCUGUUCGGAUUCGUGAAGAUGAAAUCCCGAAUCUGAUAAAUAUUUUACGUAGCAUAAACGAGACCGAAGUAGAACUGAAACUGGCGAAUGUGAAGAAGAUAUGGCAGAGAUUCUUGUAUCUUGAUUCUAUUAUGCUCGAGGCCCAGAGGCAAAAUGCCAGCAUCGGCCUAGUCGAAGAUUGGGCUGUAAAAUCCUCCCAACUUAAUGGAGAUGAUGUAUUCACCACACUCUUGCAGCGACUUCGUAUUGAAAAACCCCGUCGUCCUACAAACGCGCACACACACACGCACGCAGUGGAAGCGCAGAAAUCGUCAGCUGUGGCUAUGGAGAGAGGGAGAGGAAAGAUCAUCACCAUAAAGCCAUCGAAUGACAAAAUUACCCUCGAACAGUUCGUCUCCACAAUGGCCCCUCUCAUCGACAUGGAAAAGGAAGCUGAGAUAUCUCUUUCCAUGAGCUCGGGGGCGGUUAGAAGCUUGGACAGCGCUCAAAGGAAGGGGUCCACUAUCCUGAAUUUGAAGUGUGUAGAUGCUCAGACAGGAUUGAUGGGGAAAAGUUUGCUCGAAUUCCAAUCUAACAAAGGAGAUGUGCUCCCUCCUCACAAGUUUGGAACUCAUGAUGUUGUGGUUUUGAGGUCAAACAAAUCUGAUCUGGGGUCUCCUCCUCUAGGGCAGGGUGUUGUUUACAGAAUAAAGGACUCAUCCAUUACUGUUGCCUUUGAUGACAUACCAGAAGAAGGUUUAAAUAGUCCCCUACGACUUGAAAAAGUUGCAAAUGAGGUGACAUAUCGUCGGUUGAAGGAAACGUUGAUUCAACUAAGUAAAGGCGUGCAAAAAGGUCCUGCUUCUGAUCUAGUUCCUGUUUUAUUUGGAGAGAGGAUACCAACGGUGUCCAAGAAGGAUGUCAAGUUCACCCCUGUUAACAAGAACCUUGAUCAUUCUCAGAAAGAUGCUAUCUCAAAGGCUCUAUCAUCCAAGGACCUCCUUUUGCUGCAUGGACCUCCUGGAACAGGGAAAACUACUACUGUGGUAGAAAUUAUCUUACAAGAAGUCAAGCGUGGAUGUAAAAUUCUUGCUUGUGCUGCAUCCAAUAUUGCCGUCGAUAACAUUGUGGAGAGACUUGUACCUCAUAGAGUGAAGCUGGUAAGAGUUGGGCAUCCUGCACGCUUACUUCCUCAAGUAUUGGACAGUGCUUUAGAUGCACAGGUUUUGCGUGGGGAUAAUAGUGCACUUGCAAAUGACAUUCGCAAGGAGAUGAAGGCUUUGAAUGGUAAACUUUUAAAAGCCAAAGACAGAAACACUAAAAGAGAUAUUAGGCGGGAACUUAAGACUCUAUCCAAAGAGGAGCGCAAAAGGCAGCAGCUGGCUGUGACUGAUGUGCUUAAGAAUGCUGAUGUGGUGUUGACAACCUUGACCGGUGCAUUGACUAAGAAGUUAGAAAACUUUUCAUUUGAUUUGGUUAUUAUUGACGAAGCUGCUCAGGCAUUAGAAAUUGCAUGCUGGAUUGCUCUUUUGAAGGGUCCUAGAUGUAUAUUAGCUGGAGAUCACCUUCAGUUACCCCCAACUAUUCAAAGCGUUGAAGCAGAGAAGAAAGGAUUAGGACGAACCCUUUUUGAACGUCUUGCAGACUUGUAUGGAGAUGAUGUCACGUCCAUGCUUACUGUUCAGUACCGUAUGCAUGAACAUAUCAUGAACUGGUCGUCUGAAGAACUCUAUCAUGGCAAGAUUAAAGCUCAUGCAAGUGUUGCUGCCCAUACCUUACACGAGCUUGAGGGUGUCAAGAAGACAGCUUCAACAGAGCCAACUCUUAUUCUCAUCGACAUAGCUGGUUGUGAUAUGGAAGAGAAGAAGGAUGAAGAAGAUAGUACGCUAAAUGAGGGUGAAGCUUCAGUCGCUAUCGCACAUGCUAAGAAACUUGUGGAUAGUGGAGUUCAAGCCGUCAACAUAGGAAUUAUUACACCUUAUGCAGCACAGGUUGUCCUGCUGAAGAUGUUAAGAGGCAAAGAAGAUAAGCUAAAAGAUAUGGAGAUAUCUACAGUUGAUGGUUUUCAGGGACGUGAAAAGGAAGCAAUUAUCAUUUCAAUGGUCCGGUCAAACUCAAAGAAUGAGGUUGGUUUUUUGAGUGAUCGCAGGAGAAUGAAUGUUGCAGUGACUCGAGCAAGGCGACAAUGUUGCAUUGUUUGUGACACAGAGACUGUUAGUGGUGACAAAUUUUUGAAGCGUUUGAUCGAGUACUUUGAGAAACAUGGUGAGUAUUUGAGUGCCUCUGAGUAUGGUACUGAGUAACUCAUUAGUUAUACAUGGUGUUGUCUUUAGCAUACCUUAAGGACGCCUAUGCCGACAUGGUGAUUUCUUGUGACUCGACAGUUGCAAGUACUGAUUUGUUAUGAAUACCCGUACAUUUAUUUGUUUAUUUGAUAUUCUAUAUUUCAGAAUAAUUAACCAUCUAUUUUUAUAGUAGCUGGUAGCAAUAAAACCAAAUUACAUGCAAUCUUUUUAUCUAGAUUCUGAACAUUGGUAUGCAAGUUGACUUGCUACUUACUGAGUAAGUAAUAUAUUGGUUUAAGAUUUGUCUUCCCAUGUCUGAUCGUAUGAAACUGUUGCUUGGUGGUCUCUCAACUCAGUCUAUUGUUGGUAGAAAUAUAGCAACAGCCCCAAAAAAGACAAGUGAUGUGAUGUUUCAACUCAUACUUCUGCUACUAGAACUCAUAGCUCAGAGGCAAUCUUC